AUGCCUCUGAAAUUCGAACUUGGUCCUGGCAGGAUGAUUGGGGGUUCUAACCCCUGUUUUAUUAUUGCAGAAAUUGGACAGAACCACCAGGGAGAUAUUGAAAUCGCCAAGAAAAUGAUCAAGAUGGCCAAGGACUGCGGGGCAGACUGCGCCAAGUUUCAGAAGAGUGAGCUUGAGUACAAGUUCAACAAGCGUGCCCUGGAGCGUCCGUACAACUCCAAACAUUCCUGGGGAAAGACAUAUGGUGACCACAAGCGCCAUCUGGAGUUCAGUCAUGAACAAUAUAGAGAGCUCCAGAAAUAUGCAAAGGGGGUUGGAAUCUUCUUCACCGCCUCUGGAAUGGACGAGAUGGCUGUGGACUUCCUGGAUGAGCUUGAUGUGCCCUUCUUCAAAGUUGCCUCAUGCGAUGCCAACAAUUUCCCCUAUCUGGAACUGACUGCAAAAAAAGGACGGCCUAUGGUGAUAUCCAGUGGGAUGCAGUCAAUGGCGACAAUGAGACGAGUCUAUCAGACGGUCAAGGAACACAAUCAGAAGUUUACCAUCCUACAGUGCACCAGUGCCUACCCAUUGGAUCCUGAGGAUGUCAACCUACGUGUCAUAGCAGAAUACCAGAAGGAAUUCCCUGAUAUUCCCAUCGGAUAUUCCGGCCAUGAGAGGGGUAUCAGCAUCACCGUGGCAGCAGUGGCAAUGGGGGCAAAAGUGGUGGAGCGUCACGUGACCCUGGACAAGAGCUGGAAGGGCAACGACCACGAAGCGUCGCUGGAGCCUUCUGAGCUGACCGAGCUGGUCAGAGCCAUCCGCCUGGUGGAGCGGGCCCAAGGCACGGGCGUCAAACAGAUGCUACCCUGUGAGAAAGCCUGCCAUGACAAGCUGGGGAAGUCAGUGGUGGCUAAGGUGGUGAUACCCAAAGGCACGGUGCUGAGUAUGGAUAUGCUGGGGGUGAAGGUGGGCGAGCCGAGGGGCAUCUCUCCUGAAGACAUGGGUCAGCUGCUGGGCAAGGCCAUCACAGAGGACGUGGAGGAGGAUGGGAGCAUCACGCCACGUAUGGUGGACGGCUACAACAACAAGGGCUGAGCCAACCAGGGGUGCGUUCGUUCAGCAGGACACAACGUUGUGGAACGUUCAGAUAGAAAGAUGCUAUGUAAAACAAACAUGUUAAUAUGCUGACUAGACAGGUGUUAUGAUAUUGAUGGUAUGUCAGGACUGAUCAUCUGUUUACAUUUCACCAUUGUGGCUAGAUGGAGUAGACCUACAACUUCAUCUAGUGGACAACAGUUGUUUGACAACGUUAGUGUUGUAGCAACGUCUUACCCUAAUCCUUUUCCUCACUUUAACCUCAGUCUCCUGACCUGUUAUUUCACCUAACCUACUGUGUUGGUUCCCCUAACCUGCCACGUUAAUUAUCAUAACCUGCUAUGUAAACAGACCAUCAAUCCCAACUACUAUCAGUAUCACCAGACAGGCCACAUUUCGUGCGGGAGCGUUGCAAAAUAAAUGUACCCAUUAUUCAACUAUUUAACUGCUCACGGGUGUCUGCAUAGCCUGGCGCUGAAAUAGAAUUUGGUUCUAUUUCAGAACCUUAACACCUGCAAGUCCCCCUCUCCAUUUUACUCAUUGGUUUUCGCGAGCAUACUAACCCACGUGGGUGAUUGACAGUUGAACGAGAAGAGAUUAAUCAAAGAACCCUAUCUAAAAACUAACUAGGUUUCCCCUUUAAUCUGUGGAUUAAUUGUCGGAGUAGAGAACAUGAUUUUGUAUGAUAAAAAAUUCUGCAAAGAUCCAGCAAAAAAAGGGACCCUACAUUUAAACUAAACGAACAACCCAACGUUCAUGUCCCAGGACAAAUUAGCUAGCAAUAGCUAGCUAAAUAUCCAUGAAUGUGUUGUGUGUUUUGACCUGUCCCCAAAUGAAUAUACCGUAGUUGGUUUUGCUAAUUUAACCUGCGUGUCAUGAACUAAAGUCUGAUGGGGAUAGUCAAAAUCAACAUGUGUAUGCACUUGAGGGGCUGGUUUGGGGAAGUUGUAACCUGCUGACUACUGACAACACGCCUGCAUCCGCAUGCUUAUUUUGUUCAUCCACAUCAGAUGUGAUCUUGACACUCAGGUUAAAACAUCAAAGCCAACUGUGAACAGACUAUAUUAAUUUGUGGACAGGUCGAAACAAUCAUGGACAUUUAGGUAGCUAGCUGUUGCUAGUUAGUUUGUCCUGGGAGAUGAACAUUGGGUUGUUAUUUUACCUGCAUAUUGUCCUGUUUUUAGCUGGUUCUUUGUAGAAUUUUGACCCGGAGUCAUACAAAAUCGUGUGUUUCUCUACUCCAGCGAUAAAUCCACAGAUGAAAAGGGAAACCUAGUUAAUUAUCUUUAAUUAUUCUCUCCUCGUGUCUGUCAAGCAUCCACGUGGGUUUGUAUCUUUUUCCUUAUAUCCAAUAAGGAGGCGACAGUCAACACAUGUGCAUCUCAAAUAGAACCAAGUUCUAUUUUAGCUCUUGGCUACACAGAGGCACGUUUAAGCAUGUGAGAAAUGUGGGGGAAAUGAUUGAAUAACAUGUAAGUACAGUUGCAACGCUCGCACACGCAAUGUAGCUGGCAAGGUUAAAUAUGGUAAACAAAAACUUAAAAUAAAAUAAUUAAGAAAAACAUUUGAAAAACUAAAGCUAUACUGAAACUAUAAUUUAAGCCCUUUUUUACUAAUGGGGUUUUCGAACAAUGAUGUGCAUAAACCCUGGAUGACUGACAGGUGGCGCUGUAUUGAAGCCACCGUGCAGCCAUCUUGGUAAUCCUCCUCAAUUAAAUGUUUUUAUUUUGGAAGUGAUAGAAAUGCAUUUGUUAAUGUCUACAUUAGUUGCAUCAUCUCCCCCCCCCCCCCCAAAAAAAAAUGAUGGUCAUUUCUGUGUAACAAUCAAUAUACUGCUGGCUGUCACCCAAUAAUAUAUUUUUCAGAUGCAAAAUUCUACAAUAUCACAUAAACAUAACAUGUUAAACGUGGAUUUUUUUGCUGUUGUUGCAGCUGUUGUUGCAGCUGUUUUUUUCAGCUGUUAGUGAAUGACAAGUUUAACCUUAAUAACUCUAGCUGAAAAUGUUAUUAGUUACAUAAUAUUUACUCUGCAUCAUAAGUGUUCAUUGUGGACAAUUAAAAAAUGUUU